AUGGUGGAUUACUAUGAAGUUUUAGGCAUGCAGAGGUACGCCUCCCCCGAGGACAUCAAGAAAGCAUACUGUAAACUGGCACUACAGUGGCACCAAGAUAAAAAUCCUGAGAAUAAAGAAGUAGCUGAACGAAAAUUCAAACAAGUGGCUGAGGCAUAUGAGGUGUUAUCAGAUGCUAAAAAAUGGGACAUCUAUGACAAAUAUGGUAAAGAAGGAUUAAAUGGUGGUGGAGGAGGUGGACGUCACUUUGACAGUCCAUUUGAGUUUGGGUUCACAUUCUGGAACCCAGAAGAUGUUUUCAGGGAAUUUUUUGGUGGAAGGGAUCCAUUUUCCUUUGACUCCUUUGGAAGCAGAAGCCGUGGUACAGGCUCUUUUUUCUCCACCUUCAGUGGAUUUCCAUCCUUUGGAGGUGGAUUUUCUUCAUUUGAUACAGGAUUUACUUCAUUUGGAUCCCUAGGUCAUGGGGGCCUCAUUUCAUUUUUGUCCACAUUAUUUGGUGGCAGUGGGAUGGGUAACUUCAAAUCUAUAUCAACUUCUACUAAAAUCGUUAAUGGUAGAAAAAUCACCACAAAGAGAAUUGUCGAGAAUGGU